CGUAGUCGACUCUCGCAUCAACCUACUCAACCAUGGAGGGCAGAAGCCUCGACGAGCAGGAGAAGGAAAUCAACGAGGUCCUGCGCAAGGCCUUCAAAACACCAGCAAAGUCCUCCCAUAGAAAAGAGGCCAUGAAGCGGCUCAUUGAGCUAGCGCGUUCCCCCCAUCCAAAGCUCAAGAUCGUGGUGGCCCAGAACCUCAAGGUUUUCAUCAAGGACUUCCCGGAACUGGAAGACGACGCUAUCAAUGCGGUAUAUGACCUCUGUGAGGACCAGGUGAUGAAGGUCCGAAUGUGCGGGUAUAGAGCGAUCGCAGACGUGUCAAAGGAACAGCCAAAGUGGGUGAAGAGAAACGCGGACGUGCUGGUGCAACUACUUCAGAGUGAUGAACAAGACGAAGUCUCAGUCGUCAAGCGCAUGCUUUCUGAACACCUCGACAUGGAUCCCGCUGUCACGCUAGGUGUCCUCUGCGAUCAGAUCGUGCCACCCGACGAACCUAUGGACGAAGAGGAGCAAGCCAUCCGGACUCGGCUCCGUUCACUGGUACUAUCAUUCAUGACAGGUGAAGCCAAGCGCGCUGUGGAACGACAUACAAGUACCCCCGGGAGCGCCGCGGAGGAGACGCUUGUCGCAGGACUGUUGAGGGCAGUUGACAAGCUGACCCCGGCAGAUAUAGAUGUCAUUGCGAAGGACGUCCUGUUGUCAUUACCAUCCUUCAAACCAAGCUCGCCUCGCGGCAAACAACUACUUGAUGCUGUCCUGGAGAAAGCCAAAGGGUCUCUCAAGACCGACCUCCUGGCAGCUGAAGCGCACACACCGCUGACCAACUCUCGAUACUACCUGGACCUUGCUUCAAUUAUCGCCGUACAGAAGCGUGUGGCACACCCCUCACAUCUGCUGCGCUUCUAUUUUACAUCACAACUAGCCGCGAAACCCACUUUGCUUAGGCUCACUGAGGACGCCCAAGCGUUCGUACUAUCCAAUGUUGCCGAUACUCUUGCAGCCUGCCAAGCCAGCCCUCUCGAAGGUGCAAGCAUGAUGCCACAAGAAGACGCAACGCUGCGUAGGCAAACACCCCAUGUGUGCCACAAUUACCUACAGGUAUUCUCCGAGACGAAGUUCACUUCUGAGCAGCGACCAUGGAAAGCCUGCCACGUCUUCCUGAAGACAUGCCUACGUGUGAGUACCUUGCCCGCAAACUACCGUCUUACCAGCAGCUUAACAUUGCAGCAUCAUAACGAGUACAAAUGGGCCUUGCCCUCACGUCUGGGGACCGACCUCCAGAACAUCCAGAAUCUGCUCACCACCCAAGGCAAAGACGCGAAGAUUGACGACGAGCAAGACAUCCAGAGUGUCAUUAGGUCUCUCCAGGCUAUUGGCAGGCCCCCCGUGCCGAUAUCGGCAGCACCCGCACCUACUAAUGCCUCACAAGGUACAAGUAGCAGCCCCAGCCCCGGCAGCGCCUCCCCGACUAAGGCGGAGCGGCGCAUCAUGAACGUCAAGCGCAAGCAUGAAGACAAGCCUGCGAGUUUGCCGCCCCGCCCAACGGCGAGCACGACGAACGGGGUGACCGUGACACCGUCGACGUCGCGGACGGCCCAGCAGCGUGCAUCAACGUCACAACCACGCCCACUAGUGGGACUGUCCAUCGCAGGCGCCGCAGCACGCAAUGGACAACCUUCAACACCCCAGGAGGACGAGCUACGGGCGGCGAAACGGGCGAAGAAGGGAGGCGGCAUCGACGAGUCGCCGUCGUUGCUGAGCCGCCUUGCAACACUGCCUUCGAACGGUAGUAUAACCGGAGACCGUGGAGCGGACAGUGGGAGGCGUCGUUUGGACUCUACACCGGUAACAAUGGCGCAGCCACGGCAUGGCCGUCAAGAACCAGACAAGAACCCGGUGUUGGGCUUCAGCAUCAAGGGCGCAGCGAAAGCCGCGACUACGGAUAAUGGGCAAAGUAGCCCAACGCCCAAAUCGUCGUUGCUGGCUAGGAUGCAGGGGGAUGAGCAGCCGGGAGGACCGAGGAGAAAGAAAAGGACUAAGACAUCCUAAUAUCUGUUGUACUCCCAUACCUUGCGAGGUUCGCCGAUAGUAUUGCAGUGACCUGUCCUAUCGAGCCGUGCCAUUGGAUCCGAUCCUAAGUCUAUCCAUA